AUGACCGAUGCAAAGGACAGGAUUACUAGCCCAGAAGAGGCCCAAGUGCAACCUGAUGGGCCUCUCAAGUUGCCUGCACAACAAUGGCAAGAUCUACGAAGAGUUCCGGACAAACUGCCAGCUGUCGCCCUGUUGAUUCUAGUUGUGGAACUUGGAGAACGGUUCACGUACUUCGGACUUAGCGGUCCAAUUCAAAACUACAUCAACAAUCCUUACGACCCUUCAUCUGACCUGCCUGGGGCCCUCGGCCGGGGUCAAGCGGUAGCGACAGCGUUGGGUAACUUCUUCAAGUUCUGGGCUUACGCAUCCACCGUCAUUGGAGCUAUUAUCGCAGACCAGUACCUCGGAAAGUUCAAGGCGAUUCUCGCGGCCUGUGCCGUGUACAUCGUCGGCCUCAUCAUCCUCGUCGCGACUUCGACACCUAAAUCAAUUACGAGUGGCGCGGGAUUUGGUGGUUUGAUCGCAGCUAUGAUCACGAUUGGUCUCGGAACUGGCGGUAUCAAGGCCAACGUGACGCCGAUGUGUGCGGAACAAUACCAGAACUCACACCCAGUUGUUAGAACUUUGAAGUCAGGCGAAGAAGUGUUGGUUGAUCCUGAACUCACAGUACAGCGACUCUUCAUGUGGUUUUACUGGGUUGUUAACAUCGGCGCAUUGUCGCCAUUGAUCACUGUUAACGUCGAAGCACAUCAUUCAUUUUGGCUGGCAUACCUUAUCCCACUGAUUGCCAUCAUCAUUUCUGCCGGCAUCUUCAUCUCGGGACAGAAGAAAUAUGUCAAGGUUCCUCCACAAGGCUCUGCAAUAAUUGACGCUCUCCAAGUAACGCGUAUCGCGAUCAAAGAAAAGGGGUUCGUCAACGCGACCCCAUCGGCUUUGAGAGAGUCCGGGCAUAACGAAAACUACGCAAUCGCAAGUGAGGCCAGAUAUACUCAUGGCUAUGUGAUGGAUGUUCAGCGCGGCCUGAAAAGCUGCAAGAUGUUUUUGUUUUUCCCUCUCUACUUCAUUUGCUGGAUCCAAAUCUGGAAUAAUCUUAUUUCUCAAGCGGGCGAGAUGGCCUUGCACGGGACUCCAAAUGAUCUUCUGCAAAAUCUGGAUCCCAUCGCUCUGUGUAUUUUCAUCCCUUUUUUGGAUGUGAUCGUGUAUCCCAUGUUCCGCAAGUACCGCAUCGACUUUGAUCCAGUCACACGAAUCUUCGUAGGCUUUCUCUUCGCCUCCAUAUCCAUGGUCUACGCCAGCGUCUUGCAACAUUAUAUCUACAACUCCUCGCCCAAAAGCAUCCACGUCUGGAUACAGGCCCCCGCUUACAUACUCGUGGCGUUUUCCGAGGCGUUCAUCAUCGUCACCGGACUGGAGUUAGCCUUCACCCAGGCCCCAAAAAAUCUUCGUUCGGUUGUGUCCGCUCUAUUUUGGUUGACUAUUGGCAUAGCCGCCGGCAUUUGCAUUGCGCUUGCGCCUGUUUCGCAAGAUCCUUACCUCGUUUGGAUGUAUGGUUCGCUGGGCAUUGUUGGCUUCGUGUCAGGGUGCGCUUUUUACGCGUGCUUUUAUCCUGGGCGCAAUAGGAAAGUGAUGGAGCAAGAGGUCAUCAUCGAUGGCACAGAACCUUGAGUUGGUCGAGUUGAAGCACAUUUGCCAAUUGGGAUGUAGGCACUUUGAGGUUGAGUUUGUUCGGAUUUAAUAUUUACUGGAUGAAAAUA